AUGGAGGCAACGAACUUGGCGCUGUCACCGCGUGAAACGCUUAAACCCCGCUCGGAACACAAAGCGCUAGAAAUGAAUAGUAAACCUAACCAAGUGGGGACGGUGUUAUUAUACGGCGUGCCAAUAGUGUCUCUAGUCAUCGAGGGUAACGAAAGAUUGUGCCUUGCCCAGAUAUCGAACACUUUGCUAAAACAGUUCUCCUACAACGAGAUACACAAUCGUCGUGUAGCGUUGGGCAUCACGUGUGUUCAAUGUACACCGGUCCAGCUGGAGAUAUUGAGACGGGCUGGAGCGAUGCCUGUUUCGUCCAGACGUUGUGGUAUGAUAACCCGUCGGGAAGCGGAACGCCUGUGCAAAUCGUUUCUAGGCGACAACGCGCCGCCUCGGUUACCCGAUGAUUUCGCAUUCGCUGUUCAUCACGAAUGUGCGUGGGGAUGUAGAGGUGCUUUUCUUCCAGCCAGGUACAAUUCGUCCCGAGCAAAAUGCAUCAAGUGCGCGUAUUGUGGAUUAUUUUUCUCUCCAAACAAAUUCAUCUUUCAUUCACACCGCGUUGGUCCUGGUGACAAAUACGUUCAGCCUGAUGCAGCUAACUUCAAUUCCUGGAGACGACACAUGAAGCUAAGUGGUAGUCCGCCGGUAGAGGUUGUUCACGCUUGGGAGGAUGUCAAGGCCAUGUUCAAUGGUGGAACAAGGAAGAGAAUGCUGUCUGCUGCUAGAAGAGUACCAAUUCGCAGGCCGGAAGUGGAACCCGAGGCUAAGCGUGUUGCUGCCAGCCCUCCAGCCCACACUCCAGUUCCAAGGCUUGCAGACUAUGUAUGGGGAGCUAGACUUCCAUUGCCAUACGCUCUACCCUGGUUAAAACCAACUUUGUGGUCACCUGGUGCGUUAACUGCUUUAAGUAGCGUCGGCACUAUUGAGGAGCCGCGUGCUUUUCGACCGGUGCGCUCACAUCGCUUAGAAUCGCCUCAAACUUCACCUAUAGUGUCGCCAUCGAGGUCACCGAACAGAUCACCAGCAACCUCACCAAGACAGUCUCGUUCUCCACUUCGCUCCCCGCUCCGCUCGCCGCUCCGCUCAUCGCCAGCUCGCUCCUCCAAAAGCGACAGAGAUAGCGAUGAGAGUGUUGAUAUUGAGACCACGGAGGAAGAUCAGACGAAGGACUUGAGGUGUUCCUGGCCAUGUCGUUCAGCUCCUACACCUCGGCCUGAAGACUGCUGGAGUGGGUUAGUGCCGAAGAUAGAGAGGGAAGAGGAUCGGGAACCAUGGCGGUUGCCCGACCUGCGCCCCUCUUUGCAUUACAUGCAUGAUCGUGAAAGAGAUAGUUGCGCGGCUUGCGUCGCCCCAAUACCUCUGCUACCGCCCCCUGCACCAGCGCCGCACUAA